GCAGGCUCGGCGCCGUGUCCGGGGCAGCGCUGACUGACACAAGUUGGAGAGGGUGAUUGGCGGCUGUGAGACGCUGGCGGCUUUGUGGGGAAGCCCGGGGGCUGGUCUGUGGCGGCGGGGAGGGAGCUGCUAAAUACUGUGCCAUCCAUCCACGCAGCACACCACACCCGCCUGCCCGAGUGUGAGAGAGUGUUGUGUGUGUGUGAGCGAAGUACAACAGCACACACGCUCACUCUCCCUAUCACUCUCUCCUCUCCCACUCCCUCCUGUGUGUGUGUGAACACACUCUCUCUCCAACCCUCUCCCUCUCUCUAUCUUUCUCUCCCACUCCCUCUCGUGUGUGUGUGAACACUCUCUCCCUCUCUCUAUCCCACUCACUCCCGUGUGUGAGUGAACACUCUCUCUCCUCUCUCUCCCUCACCUCUCUCUCCCUCUCUCCAUCACCUCUCUCCCCUGUCCCUCUCUAUCUUUCUACCUCUUCUCCCACUCCCUCCCAGGUGUGUAUUUCCCUCUCUCUGUAACUCUCUUCUUUCGCUAUAACUUCUUUCUCUUGCUCUCUCCUCUCUGUCUCUCUCUCCCUCUGAUCUCUAACUCUCUCGCACACUCUUCCUCUCUCCCCUCCCUCCCUCCCUCCCUACCUCAGUCUCUCUCUCUCUCUCUCUCUCAUUCACUCUCACCCUCCCGUGUGUCUCAGUGUCUCUGACCUCUGGCCAGCGCCGGGCGGGGAGAGUCAGUGUCCGUGGGGCCGGCGCCAGGAGCGCGGAUCCCGGGCGAGAUGCGGCGUUUGCCGGCGCCGGCUUGGUCGCUGCUGCUGCUGCCGCUGCUGUCGCUGCUGCUGCUGCUGCUGUGCCCGGGACGGGCCGAGGAGUACGAGUAUUACAGCUGGCAGUCGGACCACCUGCAGGCCGGCCGCUUCUACACUAAACAGCCGCAGUGUGUGGACAUCCCGCCCGACCUCAGACUGUGUCACAACAUCGGCUACCGCAAGAUGCGGGUGCCCAAUCUCCUGGAGCACGACUCCCUGCCUGAGAUCAAACAGCAAGCCAGCAGCUGGGUGCCUCUCCUGGCCAAACAGUGCCACCCCGACACGCAGAUCUUCCUCUGCUCCCUCUUCGCCCCCAUCUGCCUGGACCGCCCCAUCUACCCGUGUCGUUCCCUCUGCCAGGCCGUGAGGGACGGCUGCUCGCCCGUCAUGGGCUCCUUCGGCUUCCCCUGGCCCGACAUGCUGAGAUGCGAUCGCUUUCCCCUCGACAACGACCUCUGUGUCUCGCUGCAGUCUCCCGGGAGCCCCGUCACUCAGCCUCCAGUCUCGAAGAUCUGUCCACCUUGUGACAACGAGAUGAAGGCGGACGUUAUUCUUGAGCACUACUGCGCCAGCGAGUUUGCGCUGAAGAUGAAGAUCAAGGAGAUAAAGAGGGAGAAGGGCGAUCGCAAAAUCAUCUCCCAGAGGAGGAAGAAGGUGCUGAAGAUGGGGCCUUUAAAGAAGAAGGAUCUCAAGAAGUUGGUUCUAUUCAUUAAAAACGGAGCGAGCUGCCCGUGCACCCAGCUGAACAAUCCUAGCAGCAGCUUCCUCAUCAUGGGCCGUAAGUGGGACAACCAGUUUCUCCUCACCGUCAUCCACCGGUGGGACAAGAAGAACAAGGAUUUGCGGCAUGCCUUGAAGCAGAUGAAAACCUACCAGUGCCCCACAUUCCACCACAUCUUUCAAUGACUGCUCUUGGGCCAAGGACUCCGUUUAGGAUAGACACACGCAAGCAAAGUCACAGCAAUUCCUUUUAUGGCGUCUCUGUUAUAAAAAUAAUCACGCAUGGUUUCUGCCAGCCUUAUCCAAUGACCUUGUCCAUACAUAGCAAUUAUUCUAUAAUCUCUCUAGUGCCGAUAACCUGAUGGAAUGGAACGUGAAAUCCUGCUUUAAAUGGACGUGAUGGAUGAAUGGAUACUUAAGGACAUUUAGGGAGCGAUUGAAAAACACAGCACGGAAACGGGCCCUUCGGCCCAUCGAGUCCACGCCGGUUCUAUGCCAUCCCACUUUCUCACCCACUCCCUACACACUAGGGAACGAUUUACAGAGGGCCAAUUAACCUACAAACCUACCGUCUUUGGGAUGUGGGAGGAAACCAGAGCACCCGAAGGAAAGUCAUAGAGAUAGAGAG